CGCGCAGCAGCCCCGGUCUUUCCCACGGCGGGCUCGCUCUGCGGCCGCAGGAAGCGGGAACGACGCCUACGGCAGCAGCGGCACCGCAGCCACGGCUCCUGCCCGAGCACGCUGCGGUCACCUUCCAGGCAGGGAUGGGCUUUCCAUCUUCGCGAGUUACGUGAGCUUCAGAGGUUUAAAUAUCAAUAAUUUCAUACACAGAAAAACCAUUGCCCCCCUCCAUAUACACGUCCAGCUGGCAGAAAAGCAAGGAAGAAGGAGGUCUCUGUCAAAGAGCACCAUAAAGAUGUUUCCCGAGAGGCAGCAGUCAGGUCAGAAGCCUACAGAGCAGGAAAGAAAUACAAAAGAUGCAAUUGGAAUAAGCCACCGGAUGUCUGCAAAGGGCCACGCUGAAAUGCUCAACAGCAGAAAUUCCGACUCGCUAAAGCACGCCAAAGCUGGAAACGACCGCAAGAGAAGUUACAUCGAAGUACAAGGCUUGGACACGCUUGAGGAAAAGGCUAUCAUAAUCUCCAGGGUUUAUCCAGUGCGCAAAAACUGUACAACAAAGCAACUAGCACAAGGUCUUUUCUUAACCAGCCUGACAGUCUCUAGUGUAUUUGCUCAGGCAUUUUCUGCUGGGAAGAUAAUAAACAAUGCAAUAAACACUUCGCCUCUGGCAUGCUGGAAAGCUGAAGGGCCCCUGGAUAGAGAUAACAAGGGAUGCAAAGCUACACGGAAGACAGCGUAUUUUGGUUGCACUGACUGGAUGUGGGAAAUGAAGUCUCUGCUUUGCAGCAUCUCUGCAGGUAGUUCAAAUCUAGGAUACAAGUCUGAACAUUUCUUCAUAUUGUGCAUUAGCAUGCAUUUUUGCUACAAGAAAAAGCCAAAGGAAGUGGACAACCUGUCGACCUAUCAGCAGACAACAUCCACUGCUCUCUCCUCAUCUAUUCAGCAAGAAGGCUAUCAGAUUGCUUAA